UCGUUUUGAUGGGGCAGGGAGGAAAUAAACCCCACCAAAUUCUCUCUCUUUCUCUCUCUGCGAUUCAGAGCUGAGGUGGGCAGUGAGAAAGAAAAUCGGGAAUGGCAGGGAAGGCGAGAAGCGAAGCGAGCAGUAGCAGCAGAAGCAACACGAACAGCAACAACAGAGGACAAAGCAAGGUCCACGAUUGCGGAAGGAACAGAACCCCUUGCGGCUAUUGUAAAUCCCCUGGUCUCACCAGCAUUUCUCACGGCUUAUGGGCACAUAGCCUUACAGUUAAUGAUUAUCAAGAUCUUCUUGACCGGGGUUGGAGAAGAUCUGGUUCUUUCCUUUACAAACCUGAAAUGGAAAGAACUUGCUGCCCUUCUUAUACUAUUCGCCUGAAAGCUGAUAAUUAUAUUCCCUCUAAAGAGCAACUUCGAGUGACUAGACGAAUCCAAAGGUUCUUAGAUGGCACCAUGGAUUGUAAAAAGCCAUUAAAAGUAGAGGAGAAUCAAAAUGCUGCUAAGGGAGCAUGUUGCAAUGCUGAUCAAGAAGUUUCAAGUUCAGCAGUUAAAAAAAACUCGUCUUAUAACAACGAAGAGAAGAAUGGGGAAGAAAAGAUUAUAAAGUACUUAUCAGAAGAAAUUAAUGGUGCAGUGUCCUUGUGUACCAAAAGUGGGGAAUUUCCCCACGACAUUCAAUUGCCAAAGGCUUCUGUUAAGAAGGUUUCACAUGCCAAAAGAAAGCUAUUAGUAGAUGUAUCUGAACAUCUCGUAUACUCCAGUAAUAUUGCAUUCCAAAUAGCAGCAUCUAUAAAACGGACACAACCAGGUAUGAAGGAUGUCCAUCAGUCUACAGUAUCUGGAAAUCUUGCUGAUGAAAAUGUGCUCUCUCCCAAAGUUAUUGCAGAAAAACUGACAAAUUCCUUGAAGCAUCUUGCUGAAACUUCUGGUCUGUCAGUCCGUGCUUGUAAUGGACACCUAAAUUUUUAUUCUGGUACAAUACAAACUUCACUUGAUGGAAGUGCUGAGAUUGUUGCUACUUCUGAAGGGUCUGCUGCAAGGCAUGCAAGUAAAGUGUUCAGUUCAAAGAACAGCUCUGAACAUCCCCCAGUGAAGAGGCGAAGGCUUGAGAUCUAUUUGAAAAGAUCAAGUUUUGACCCAGAAGAGUUUGCCUUGUAUAGAAGAUAUCAGAUUAAAGUGCAUAAUGAUACACCAGAUCAUGUUACAGAAAGUUCUUAUAAGAGGUUUUUGGUUGAUUCUCCAUUAAUAUUUGUUCCUCCAACCAGUGAUGGAACUGUUCCACCUUUUGGCUUUGGUUCUUUCCAUCAGCAAUAUGUUAUUGAUGGCCAGCUUGUUGCAGUUGGUGUUGUAGAUAUCCUCCCUAGAUGUUUGUCAAGUAAAUAUUUGUUCUGGGAUCCAGACUUUGCCUUCCUAUCGCUGGGCAAGUAUUCAGCCAUACAAGAAAUAAAUUGGGUAAAGGAAAACCAAAUCCAUUGCCCUAGUCUCCAAUAUUAUUAUCUUGGAUAUUAUAUCCAUUCCUGCAAUAAAAUGAGAUAUAAAGCUGCAUAUCGUCCUUCCGAGCUUCUCUGUCCUCUUCGUUACCAGUGGGUUCCAUUUGAUGUUGCCAGGCCUUUUCUUGACAGAAGGCCCUAUGUCGUAUUAUCAGAUUGUACUUCCACUCAAGGUGGAGAGCCCUCACUACCUUCUGUUACUGAACAUGCUAUGGAACUGCAACAUGACGACAUUAGACAAGAAGACACCAGUGAUGUGUUUUUUUACGAAGAUGAAGAAGAUAUUGAGCCUGAAUCUGAAAGCUCUGAUGAUGAGUCAGGUACAGAAUCCAGUAGUCCAACAUCCCAUCAGAUGGAAAGUGGCGAUGUUGGCAAUAUAUUAAUCGGCCUGAAAGGAUCUUGUGUGAAAUACAAGUAGCUAUAACCAAAGCUAGAGCGGGGAUUCAAAUUUGGAUCAUUGCCUGGGUCUUUAGUGUAAUACCACUGGGUUAUUAUCUAAUAGUACUUGUUAUAUGACAUUAUAAAAAAAAGAUUUGAGUUACUACAUUUACUCGCUGCAAUUUGUUUUCCUCAAUAUCAGGAUUUACAGCGAGUUUUUGGUCCCACAGAAAGGAAUUAUUUGGAAAGCCAGUUGAGGAGAUACAUGAGGGUUGUAGGAACAGAGCUAUCCGAGCGAAUGGUAUAUUCACUUGGGUGAUUUGAUUUUUUUACGAGGCUUUUGAAACCCAUGCCAAAUCAAAGAUGUAUGUACCUGUGGAGGGCAGGCUGAACUGAACUUCAUUUCUGGCCUUUGGCGAGAAAGAAAAACUGGAAUGUUUAUCACUGGCAUGUUAAUUAUAUAUUGUUUUUAUAUCAAUGGUAUUAAUUAAUUUAUGUUAA